CAGGGGACUAUAUCACUGACGGACUGUCAAAAUGACAUAGUGGUAAACACAGUAAGUGAGUCCACAAACAGUCACCAUCUGAUGACUGCACAGCCACCUGGCCGGCCAAAAUAACUUCCCCUGAUCAGUUCAGUAUGUGUGGAGGGAAUUCAAUGUUUGUCUGCCCUAAGUGUUUUUAUCUGGCUAAAUAACGGCGUUUCUCACCCAAAUUGGCUUGAUUUCGGGGAAUCCCAGGCUCUGGCAGGAAGCCUCAGUAGCUUUCCCCAGAGAGGCAGUCGACUCUCCGCCUAGACCCAGAGGCACACUGAGGAAGCAUAGACUGUCACCCUGAAGGCCCUGUCUUGAGGAGGAGAGCAGGACUUGGCUUCGGAAGCAGUUUGUGAAGCCUGAGGGCUGGUUGGAUCCCCCCCCCCAUCUCUUAGCCUGCAUGAGACCAGCUGACAGUCAGUUUGGUCUGUUGGACAUGUGGAUGUUGCUAACAGGAAUUUGGUCUCCAGUUUGUAAAACCAUCUAGCUGUGGGACUUGUAGCUCAGGGGCCCAGCCAUGGAGGGUCUUGAGCAGCUUGACAUGGUGGGCGAUAUCAGCCCGGCUCUAGAGGCCACUGAGGAAUUUAUCCACUGCAUGGGUGGGAUGCAAGGCCAAGGUCCGAGUCAGGCUCAGACCGGGACCCUGCAGCCCAAGCAGCUGCAGGAAGGGUCCAGUGCCGCUCGGGGGAAGCUGAGCUCCAGUGGCGUGUGGGGUCUGCUGGCCAGAGAGCAAGCGGAGGUGGGACCCCUGGGCCUGGCCUGGGCCGACAACUUCACCGUGUUGGGGCUGGGGGUGGGCUUGAGGCACGGCAAGAGAAGCCGAGCACGCUCCACCAACGACCUGGCAGCCCAAAGCAAGGAGUGCACCCACAACACCGCAAACUCCUCGUCCAACUCGGCCUUCAAGAAGGGACACAACCGGUCCAGAUCGGACGUCAACUACCGACCGUCUGUAUACACGGACAACGGACUGCCCACUGUGGACUGCAACACUCUGAAGAACAUGAUCCUCAAUCACCAGCCAGAGGCUGAUAAAAGCAGCAGCAGCAGCAAAGUGGUGAAGCAGGGGGAGAUGGAGCAGCGUGAGGGUCCGCGGGGUCGCUGGACUCGCUGCCACGUGGAGCUGACGCCCUGCGAGCUGCGGAUCUACACCCUGGACAGCAGCGCCAACCGCCAGCUGGGCACCGCCUGCUCUCUGUCCCACUGCCAGAGCAUCAUCUCCCCGGCACCCUGCAGCGUGGCCGGGCAGAUCCCCCAGCCCGCAGACCCUCGCACGCUCCAGGCUUUGUUCUUCAACAGCACGCGUCUCCAGCUGAGGGCGGCCAGCCAAUGGGAGGCCGUGGAGUGGAGACGGCUGAUGUGGGACAGGGUGCAGGCGGUCCGACCCGCGAGGAAGGAGAACCACCAGCGUAAGAGCGCAGCGGAGAAGCAACAGGUCGUCAAGUUUUCUGCGCCCAUGUCACCGUCCUCGUCGUCAGGGCUCGACACCAGGCCCGACGGAGACAGCGACACCCCCUCCUCAUCAGAGGCGUCGCACUCUCUCGAGUCUACUGUCCCGAGCAGACCCACCACCCUGCCUCUGUUCACCCAACGCUGCCAGGACGUCCUCAAAUCUGGCCUGCUCCACAAGCUGAUGGAUCAGAACAACUGGAGAGCCUUCACCUUCGUCCUGACCAGAUCCACGCUCAGGGCUUUCCCUACCGAGGGCCGAGGGUCUGUCUCCAAGCCUGUCCUCCAGUACACCCUGUCCUCCUGCUUGGCUGUGCAGAACGACCAGGAGCCAGAGACCGGAGAGCCGUGGACAGACAGAGGGGGCCGCUUCCAGGUCGUUUUCCCAAAAGACGUACUCAGGCUUCGGGCGGACGAUAAGCCCAAGGCCCAGGAGUGGGUGGAGGCCCUGCGGGAGGCGGUGGCAGCGCAGAGGCCUGCCCAGGAGGAAGGGGGAGAAUCAGGAGAAGGAGCUCCAGCCCUCCAGGGAGUUCUGCUGAGAUCCAAACCAACCAGGGAGCGGAGGCAGCGGGAGGCCCAGAGAGCCAAGAGGCAGUCCGUCACCACCAGCUUCCUCAGUAUCCUCACCUGUCUGGCUGUGGAGAAGGGCCUGACUGCUCAGAGCUUCAGGUGUGCAGGGUGUCAGCGUCCAGUCGGUCCACUCCAGAGGAAAAAGCAAAAGAUUUGGCUACUACAGCGGGCUGGUACUACCUGCCAGAGCUGCCCAUCAGGACAACUCCUUCCUCAUCCCAGCCCGCCUGCUUGCAAAACUGGGAACACCAGCAAACACAAGCUCCUUGGUCUCUGGCCCAUAGUGGAGUUUGGAGUGUGA